AUGUCUGGCGCCAACGAGCCGAUGGAGGAUGAUGUGCAGCCCCAAGUCCAGCCCCAGCAGAAGCAGAAGCGGCGGGCCGAACCCGCCCCAUCCCAAUCCCAGGGCGGCCAAACCCCCCCGAAGGCCCCCCGCCGCGGAGUCCCUCGCGCCCCCAACAGCCCCGGCGGCGACGCAUCCCAGCAGCCCGCCCCCUCCCAACAAGCCACCCCACUCCCCGCUCGCCGGCAGCCCCAGCCCCAACCCAGCGGCAGCUUUUUGCAGCAGGGCAGCCAGCUGCAGAGUGAAGGUACCAUGGGCGGCGGCGCCACGCCGCUGCCGCGCGGCUUGGCCGCCCAGAACCGUGGCGAGUUUGGCGGCGGCCGCGCGCAGCGCCGGCCCAACGUACGAAUCGGCACCGCCGGCCGUCCCGGAACCGCCGGCCGCCCUACCAACAGCCAGAUCUCCGGGGGUAGCCUCCAGGAUAACCAGCAGCAGCCCAGCCUCACGGGGGGCACUGAUGCGGGUGUGCCGAUGGAGGGCGCGGAGGAGCUGCCGCCGGCACAUGACGGCGCUGCGGACGACGGUACCUUCGUGUGGGGCACCAACAUCAACUCCCGACACUUGCGGCGGCAGAUCGACACGUUCAUCCGAACCUUUCGGCCUGCGGGGGCAGAUCCUCUGAUGCAAGCCAAGUACGUCCAGAUUAUCAAGGAGGCCAUUGAGGCUGGUGAGACUUCGGUCAACAUUGACACCGCCGACAUGCGCGCCGUGGUCAACGGUGUGUCGUUCAACGACUUGUACGACACACUCGUGGAUUUCCCCCGCGAGGUGCAUUGCGUGCUGGAUGAGGUGGUUCGCGAGGUGGCAGUGAUGGAUCUGAAUUUCGAGCCAGACUUGGCGGAUCGACAUCAAGCGUUGGACCUGUGCCUGCUGGUGUGCCGUCCGUACAACCUGGCGGCUACCAAGCAUAUUCGCGAUCUAGAUCCUUCCGACAUCGACAAGCUGGUGUGCAUUAAGGGCAUGGUCACACGCACGUCGGCCAUCAUCCCCAACCUCAGAUACGCCGUAUUUGAGUGCGCCGCUUGCGGCCACGAGGUGGCCACCCCCAACGUCAACGGUCGAGUGGAGGACCCGACUGCGUGUCCUGCCUGUAAGAAGAAAUGGAGCAUGGUGUUGCAACACAACAAGGGGUCGUACACGGACAAGCAGCUCAUCAAGAUGCAGGAAAGCCCCAACGACAUUCCCGAGGGUGAAACCCCGAUGGGCGUUACGCUGUACACGUACGACACACUGGUUGACGUGGCACGUCCUGGAGACAGGGUCACCAUCACCGGGAUGUACCGCGCCGCGCCCAUCCGUGCCCAAGCGCGUCAGGCAGCGUUACACGCGCUGUUCCGUACAUACGUCGACGUCGUACAUAUUCACCGGGACGAGACACGGCGGCUGUUCACGACAGCUGCCGGUCAGGACGGCAAGGCCGCGGAGGCUGAGCCCACCAUCCUCUCCGCACCCAACACUCCGGCUGAUAGUCAGAUGUUCGGGGGAGGCGCGGGUGAGGGCGCUCCCGCCUCCCUCAGUGACCCCGCCGGCAGCGAGGAGCAGCUCGUGGCGAUUGAGAAUAUCACCGCAGAGGAGCUGGCGGAGGUGGAAGGCAAGAUCAAGGAGCUCUCCCGCGAUCCCCGGCUGGUGGACCGCCUGAUCGCCUCCCUAGCUCCCAACAUCUGGGAGAUGGAGGACAUCAAAAAGGGAGUGCUGUGUUUGCUGUUUGGAGGAACACCCAAGGUGUUCCCCGGGGGCAAGAUCCGUAGCGAGCUGAACGUGCUGCUGGUGGGUGACCCCUCCGUGUCCAAAUCACAGCUCCUCACGUACGUGCACCAGCUAGCGCCCCGAGGCAUCUACACAAGUGGGAAGGGUUCCUCGGCCGUAGGGCUGACGGCGUACGUCACCAAGGAUCCAGAGACAAAGGAGAUGGUUCUGGAGAGCGGUGCGCUGGUUCUCAGCGACCGCGGUGUGUGCUGCAUCGAUGAAUUUGACAAGAUGAGCGACAGCGCGCGAAGCAUGCUGCACGAGGCCAUGGAGCAGCAGACCGUGUCCGUGGCAAAGGCGGGCCUUAUCUCGACGCUUAACGCCCGGUGCUCCGUGCUGGCGUGUGCUAACCCUGUGGGCUCCCGAUACAACCCCCAGAUGUCCAUUGCGGACAACAUCAACCUGCCGCCCACACUGCUGACCAGGUUUGACCUGAUCUACCUGGUUCUUGACCGAUACGAGGAGGCUCGUGACAGGCGGCUAGCUCGCCAUCUUGUGUCCCUGUUCCACCCAGGAGCGCAGAACCGCUCCAGGGCGGGGUCUGCGGGAGGCCCCCUGGAGCUCAUUUCCCCGGACCUUUUGAAGAAGUACAUCGCCUACUCGCGUGCCAAGUGCCAACCCAAGUUGACUGACGAGGCGGCUGAGGAGCUUGUGAACAGGUAUCAGACGCUCCGUCGUGAUGGCCGGGAGCGCAAGGUGGUGAUGGCCACCCCUCGUCAGUUGGAAUCACUCAUUCGUAUCUCCGAGUCCUUGGCACGCAUGCGACUGGACGAGCGAAUCCGCGCCGCCGAUGUGGCUGAGGCCGUACGGUUAUGGUACGGCGCCAUGGCGGGCUCAGCUGGAUCCGGCUCGUCUGACGGCCGGCCUGACCUCGACACGCUGUACUGCGGUACGACGGCGGCUCAGCGUGCAGCGGCCAGGGCGCUGCCGGACGAGCUGCGGGGUGUCAUCUCUGGCCUGCGCAUGUCGCACACGCUUUCAGUUGACGACCUGUUGCGGGAGAUCAACUCCAGAAUGGCGCAGGGGGCCAGCACGGGAGCGAGCGGCGUGAGUCGCACCAUGCUCAUCACGGCGUUACGUCAGCUUGACGACCUCGUGCUCUACGACGAGACCACAAACACGAUACGGCCAAUCCUUCGCGCCAGCCAGCUGCAAAACACAGUUCAGAAGGGGCCGGAGCAGGCGGCAGACGACCGUGCCCCGCAGGUUGCGACGUCUUGAGCUGCGUACGACUGCGUACGAUUGACGUGGUGUGAUGAAUGUUCUGUUCAAACAAUUCAUUGGUUGUUUUUCGUUCUCGAACCGUUGGACCUUGAUAUUGGUAUGCGUGAUGAUCGCAACAUCAUUAUUGAGGGCGGUGCAGCCACUGUUGCGCAGUAUUGCCCAUUCGUAGGUAGAGGUGCUAUGUUGGUCUGAGAGCAGUCAGAAUGGUUGGACAAAGAGAACGGGAAUCAAAGCCAGGAGACCAUGAUCUCUAUAUUUUGAAAGUUAAUUCGCGUAC